AAGUCACAAUAUAUUUGUAGGCUGAAUCUGCAGUUUAUUGCUAAGACAUGCAGUAGAUACAUAAAUAUGAAAAUUAAGUAAUAAAAUGUCCUUAAAAUCCAAAACUGGCCUUGUACAAAGGGAUCACACGUGUAGAUUGUGACCUGACCUCUCACUUGCAUUGCAGUUUUCACAUACAGUUCUACAAAGAUGUUUGUCUGCAAAACACACAGGCAAAGGCCACUAUGUUACAGGAACAUGUCUCUCUAAAAACCUAUUUGUAAUCCCCACUAUUUUGUUUUUAGUUUGUUUAUAUACCUGAGGGUAUGCAUAACACUGUCAAGUGAAAUCCAUGAUGGCCUUGACAUUUCUCAACUAAGAUUAACACAAUCGCUGUUGUCAGCAGGUAAGGAGGGAUGGGAUGGUAUUGACCAUGGCAAGCUUUCAACUCCAUGUGAUGGUUUAUACAUAUUGCGUAAAACUCUGAUAUUUUAGUCACCCAAGCCCUUUGUAAGAAUUAUUUGCACGUUUACAAAAGGAUUCCAUUACUUUGCCCCGGCCGGGCCCAAGCUCUGUAAACUGACUGACUUCUCCCUCUGGUAUAAAAGUUAAGUCUUCAAUUAACAUAAUGAAAACGCAUGGGAAGGAGCUAAUAUUGUAUUUAGUAUUGAUAAUGUGUGGCUAUGUGGGCGGUGCUAAAUGACAAUCCUCUCAUGAUGUGUCUGUGGACCGAUUGAUUUGGACAAGUGAACCUUUGUAAUCCCCUCAUGAGAGCCAUAACAACCUUUGUCUCAUCCAGAUAGGAUUCUACCACAGGACAAAGUUUCAGCGACACAGCUGGCAUGCCAUUUCUUCACAUUUUAAUUGACUGCCUUACAAACAUUUAUGUAUUAAUAAUCGGCUCAAAGCGUUUUAUGUAAUGUAAUUCUUGCAGUUUUCUGGGUACUGCGAUAAAUCUUUCCGUAAUGGGUCAGCGCCUAAGUGAGGACAGCGACCCAGACAAAGAAAUAGAUGUUGCUGAGUUGCAGGAAUGGUACAAAAAGUUUGUGGUGGAAUGCCCAAGUGGGACACUCUUUAUGCACGAGUUCAAGAGUUUUUUUGGGGUCACCGAUAACAAAGCCGCUUCCGAUUACAUUGAAAACAUGUUUCGGGCUUUCGACAAGAACGGAGACAACACCAUUGACUUUCUCGAGUACGUUGCAGCUUUGAACUUGGUGCUUCGGGGUAAAUUGGAGCAUAAAUUGAAAUGGACGUUCAAAAUGUACGACAAAGAUGGAAGUGGGUGCAUUGAUAAAACAGAGCUUCUUGAAAUUGUGGAGUCUAUCUAUCGACUGAAGAAAGCCUGUCAUGGAGAGCUGGAUAAAGAGUGCAAUCUUCUGACCCCAGACCAAGUCGUGGAUCGGAUAUUUGAGCUGGUUGAUGAAAAUGGAGAUGGUGAACUCUCCCUGGACGAGUUUAUUGAUGGCGCACGGAGGGACAAGUGGGUGAUGAAGAUGCUGCAGAUGGAUGUCAACCCUGGGGAUUGGAUCAAUGAGCAAAGACGCAGUGUGGACUUGUAAAGUCUUAUCAUGUGCACAAAGCUUUUGUGUGACAUGAACAUCAAUACUGCUUUUUCUCACAGAUCCUGCAUGAAUGUAAAUACGGUACAACAUGCCAUCUAGCAUAAGUGUGCAUAAAAAUGUGUAUUUGAUGUGCUCAUGUUAUAAAGAAAUAUAUACAAAUGCAUCAUAAAUUUGUAGUUGUUGAUAGGUGCGAAAGGAUGUUA